AUGAAGUCAUAUGUUUCCGAGCUCGCGUUAAUUUUUUUUUCCGUAACAGCAUCUGAAAUAUUCGACAAAACCUUUUUUAUAGUUAUAUUAUUGGGUUUUACUACAAAAUCAUGGGUGCAAGUAUUCCUUGGUAGUUACAUAGGACUUAUUAGUAUGACAGUUAUAAUAUGUCUAAUGGGAAACCAUUUAUCUAAAUAUUUUUCGAAAUUUACAUUUCAAGUUGUUUCAUCAGUUUUAUUUUUCCUAUUUAGUUUACAAAUAUUUUUUAAUCUAUUCAAAGAAAAAAAAAAAUCAAGUUGUGAAGAAGCUGAAGAGGAGAUAAAAAAAUUAAAUUUUAAACAUAAACUAUUUACCUUAUAUCCUAUAUUCUUUAAAACAUUUAUUUUAACUGUUUUAAGUGAAUUUGGUGAUAAAAGUCAAAUAGCAUCUUUUAUGUUAAGUAGCACAUAUUCCUUUUCAAUUGUUAUUUUUGCUAGUUUGUUUGCAUAUGCAUUUUGUAUUGGAUUAGCCAUUUUAAUUAAUUUUUUUGGGAAAUGUAAUAUAAAUGAAUUUUAUAUACAAAUGCUUUCAGGCUUUUUCUUUCUUUUUGCUAGUUUUUAUACUAUUUAUGAGAUUUUCUUUUAA